AUGGGGGGCGACGACAAGGAGCUGCGGCGGAACCUCAUGAGCCUGUGCGUCGGCAAGGUGCGCGCAUCCGCGGGCGCGGGCUCGGGCGCGGGCGCGGCGAGCGACUGCAGACGUGGCAAGCGGUCGCAGCCAUGGCAAGCGGCUGCAGCCGCGGCAAACGGCCGCGGCCACGCCGGGCGCCGUCCGCCGCACGUGGCCGCGGCGCUAGAUGAGGACCGACGGGGACGGGCGGUGCGGCUGCUGAAGAAGAGCAGCAAGGGGCCAGAGGUGGGGGAGGCCGACACCUUCACAUUCAACUCCGACUUCAGCGACCCGCGCUACAGGAUCAAGGUCAACACGAUCCAGCUCAAGGAGACGCAGGAGGAGGCGCAGAAGACCCAGGAGCAGGUCCUCGUUGACCGCCAGCACGCGAUCGACGCGGCCAUUGUGCGCAUCAUGAAGACGCGCAAGCAGCUGGCCCACAAGCUGCUGGUGGCGGAGGUGCUGGGGCAGCUCAAGUUCUCGCUGACGUCGUCGGACCUCAAGCGGCGCAUAGAGAACCUCAUAGAGAGGGAAUUCCUGGAGCGGGACCCCUCAGACCCGACGCUCUACAAGUACCUCGCGUGA